AUGGGCGACAUGGGAGAUCCACCUAAAAAAAAACGUCUGAUUUCCCUAUGUGUUGGUUGCGGCAAUCAGAUUCACGAUCAGUAUAUUCUGAGGGUUUCUCCGGAUUUGGAAUGGCAUGCGGCGUGUUUGAAAUGUGCCGAGUGUAACCAGUAUCUGGACGAGACCUGCACAUGUUUUGUUAGAGAUGGUAAAACCUACUGUAAAAGAGAUUACAUCAGGCUAUACGGCAUCAAGUGUGCCAAGUGCAGCAUCGGCUUCAGCAAGAACGACUUCGUGAUGCGCGCCCGCUCCAAGGUCUAUCACAUCGAGUGUUUCCGCUGCGUGGCCUGCAGCCGCCAGCUCAUUCCCGGGGACGAGUUCGCGCUGCGGGAGGACGGGCUCUUCUGCCGGGCUGACCACGAUGUGGUGGAAAGGGCCAGUCUGGGCGCGGGAGAUCCGCUCAGCCCCCUGCAUCCCGCCCGUCCGCUUCAGAUGGCAGCAGAACCUAUCUCCGCCAGGCAGCCCGCCCUGCGGCCCCACGUCCACAAGCAGCCGGAGAAGACCACCCGGGUGCGGACCGUCCUGAACGAGAAGCAGCUGCAUACCUUGAGGACCUGCUACGCGGCCAACCCACGGCCAGAUGCCCUCAUGAAAGAGCAGCUGGUGGAGAUGACCGGGCUGAGCCCCCGGGUCAUCCGCGUCUGGUUCCAGAACAAGCGCUGUAAAGACAAGAAGCGCAGCAUCAUGAUGAAACAGCUGCAGCAGCAACAGCCCAAUGACAAGACGAAUAUCCAGGGGAUGGCGGGGACCCCCAUGGUGGCUGCCAGCCCAGAGAGGCACGACGGUGGUUUGCAGGCCAACCCCGUGGAGGUGCAGAGCUACCAACCGCCCUGGAAAGUCCUGAGUGACUUCGCACUGCAGAGCGACAUCGAUCAGCCCGCCUUCCAACAACUGGUUAAUUUUUCCGAAGGAGGUCCCGGUUCCAAUUCUACCGGGAGUGAAGUAGCAUCGAUGUCUUCUCAGCUCCCAGACACCCCCAACAGCAUGGUAGCCAGUCCGAUCGAGGCAUGAAUGAGGGAUUUUUUUUUUUGUUUCUCCUUCCCGCUUGGCUUUUCCCCGUUGGAGCAAGUGGGAAGUUACACCUUCGGACUCUGCGGCAAAAGUAUUUAACAACCGAGUUAACGAAAACUGAAUCUAGACAUGAGCGCUCCAUGAAACGCACGAAGUCUGUUUUAAUGACAAAGUGAUAUGGUAGCAACACUGUGAAGACAAUCAUGGGAUUUUACUAGAAUUUAAAAUAAAAAACAAACAGAAACGCGAUCCAAGUAGGAGUACUGAAAAAAAAAGUUUUUAAAAACGUAGAGGAUUUAUAUUCGUGGAUCUCAAAAAGAACAUUUUCACUUCACUGCACAUCUAGAGAGGAACCGAGGGAAAGAGAUUUUUCCUAGUUCAUCGAUUCCCGAAUGGUGCUGUUCCUGAAUCGGUCGUUGCCUUGCCAAACCGGAGGCACCUCCAAGAUCCGGAAAAGAGACAAAGCUGCUCUCGGACAUGGAAAGUGACGUUGCAAGGAUUGCGGGUCAGCGUGGGUCUGAAAUGCUUAAAGUGAACUCUUCCACGGGCUUGCCUGAAAAACCGGGUCUCUUAGCAUGCCCCGUAGCUGGUUUCUAUUUCUCUCUCUCUGUCUCUCUCUCUCUCCCUCUCCCUCUCUCUCGUUCUGUUUUUGAGAU